AUGGCGCUCUCUUCGCUCCAGCAGCUGGACUCGCUGAAGUACAUCGAGCUCCAGCAGAUAGCAAAGGCUGCCGGGCUGAAGGCUAAUCUCCGGGCAGACAAACUGUUGAAAGCGCUGAAGCAACACUUUCAUGGAGCAAAACAAGAAAAUGAGAAUAUGGACUCUGAAAACGCAUCUCCUUCCAUUGAAUCAGAUGAACUGAACAAUCAGGAGAAACUUAUGCCUGAUCCAGUGUGUUUUAUCACAAAAAGACGUGGAAAAGAAAAGAAAGCAACCAGAAAAAAGAGCAAUUCCAAUGAGGAAACUAAUAGCAGUGAAGACAAUACAGGAUUUUCUGCCAGGAAAGAGGAGCAUUCAGAAAUGAAAGAAAACGAAGUACCCCAGCAUGAAGAGGGACAGAAAGUAUUUCAAAACGAUGAACCAGUAACAAAAAAGAGAGCCAUUGAGAAUUCAGGUAUGGGUAUGGAUCAGAAAGAGCAGCCAGAGAAGACUUCUACUAAAAGAAGUGUAGUAGAACGUGAUGUUCUAGCUCAUCCUGCAGGAGGGAAGAUCCCUUUACAUGUAGGCUGUGAAUCUAAAUCUGGGAAAAUGGGAAUGAAAGCUACCACACCAAACUUCAAAAAGUUACAUGAGGCUCACUUCAAGAAAAUGGAAUCUAUUGCUGACUACAUUGAGAGGAAAAAAAAAAUUAUUGAAAACUGCAGCAGUUCUCUCAAUGAAGUCAAGGUCCUGGCCAAAAAAUCAAAUCGUUUAAGGGUAUCGGAAAAAGGUACUCCGCAUAACAAUUCUAAGAAACAUUCCAUUGGCAAAACAUUCUUAUUCAGCCCAAAUCCAGAGAGAGGCAGAUUUUCUACCACCUGCACUCCUACCAGCCUCCGACGCUCACCACGCAGUACUUCAAAUGCUGCAAAUAGAAGUAUUUUAUCUAGGAAAUCUUCAUUUAAUCCUUCUGUCCUCUCAACAACCAAAAUGAAUGUCAGGUUCUCAGAAGCCACAAGAGAUAAUGAACACAAGCGCUCUCUUACUAAGACUCCAUCUAGGAUGUCUCCAUACUUGGAGGAAGUCUGCACACCUGAUAGCCAGAAGAGUAUUAAAAUCUUAAGUGGGAAAAAAAGCAAGGGAAAUGGAAGAAGUAAUGAUCCAACCGCAUCAAAGGGAAAAGUGGAUGUUAUCACCCCCUUCAAGUUUGCAGCUCAUACUGCAGAACCCACAAGCACAAAGAAGACAUUUGAUCUCAAAGCCAGUCUCUCAAGGCCACUUCGAUAUCAGCCCCAUAAAGGAAGACUAAAACCUUGGGGAGAAUUUAAAGAAAAUACUGUCCUAAAUAAGGCUGUGAACAGCAACAUCUCUUCAUACAAGAAAGAUUACAAGCAGCCACAUCUCCAGACAAGGGAAGAAAGGCGUGAGAAGCAUGAGGAAGAGAGAAAAAAGAAAAAGGCUCAGGCUCUUGGAAACCGUAGAGGACUAACUGUGGCUUAGGAGAAAUCAGAAAUAUCUAUAAUACUGUAAAUACUGUUCCUCUCAUGUAAAUAUUUGUGCUAUCUCUGUGUUAGAGUAUGUGUCAGGCUGCUAUUACAAGUGGAAUCCAAAGUGCUUUGAAUAAGUGUGUCUGAGCAUAAUGUUUUAGUGAUUGACUCUCCCAAUGAACCAAAAGUCCUAAACUUCUAGGAGCUUAGAACU